AUGGAUUAUUCAACAAUAACUCGAUUAGAAGAUUUACCUGUAGAAAUUUUAAUGGAAAUAUUUAUUUAUUUUCCAGCUGAUAAACUUUAUUUCUCGUUCGCUCAAUUAAAUAAUCGUUUUAAUUUAAUUCUCAAAUCAUUAUCUAAUCUGGCUCUUGUGAUAAAUGAGCAUGUCGAUUCUUCUGUACUCUCUUUUUUCUAUUCAUUCAACAAAAUUCUCGUGAAACCUGAUAAGCUAUAUAUACGUUGUAAUUGUAAAUUCCAUUCGAUAAACGGUGGUAAUUAUUUAUAUGAAAUUUAUCCAGAUUCAGAUAACUGGUGGUAUCCUCAUUAUUCUGAGGAAAUUGAAAAUAUUAUUUGUUCUGAUAUAUGUUCUCAAUUACAAACAUUAGUUUUACCAGCUACUUCACUUCAUUUGACUCAACUCAUAUUUUGUGGUAAAUUUUCUCGUUUAAGAAUUUGUCAUCUUGGGAAAUGCAAACCAAUUAUUUUUCCUCUACCGACGACUGUUCACCUGCACAAUCUUCGUCAAUUAACUAUACGACAACAAAAUGGAUGUGCAUUAGAAACAAUUUUAUUGAUCUGUCCUUCUUUGGUGUAUCUUGAUUUUUCAUGUGAUGACGCUAUUCCUUCAUUUGUUCACACAAAAAAUUAUUGUUUUUCAUCGAUGAAAUAUCUUCGACUUGGCCGAUUGAAAAAAUUCUUUUUUCACAAUGGCGAAUUUGAUUUUCUGCUCUCGCUUUUUCCAAAUCUUCGACAAUUUUAUCUAAUUGCUGAUCAACCUUAUGUCAACGUUGAAACAAUUGAAUUUAGAGAAAUUGCAUUGUGUUUACGCCAUCAAUGUCCAUUAUUAAAAAUAUUAGUCUUAUGCAUUUAUAUGCAAGGACAUAUGAGUUUUCAUCGUUCUAUUCGUAGUUUCAAAGAAAUUACUCAGAUGCAUGACCUUUUCAAUUAUGUCGACAAAUGUCAGUCACGUUUAAUAAUUUCUUCGCAUGGUUUUAUCCAACAUCAUGUUCGUAGCUGUCGAUAUUCUCGUCCUUCCUCUAAAUAA